AUGUCCACGUCGUUGAUCGUGAGCAUUGUUGUAAACUGCGUUCCCUUGCCAGUGGUUUUGUACACCGGCAAAAUUUUGUUCUUAGACAGCAGCGAAUACAGCUUGUCGGAAGAGUUCACGUUCACGUCUGAGGCUUCCACACGCACAGGUAGUACCAAUUGUUCGUCUUGCGGGUUGAUUUCGGGUAGAGGUUCCUGCUUUCGAGUGGUUUCGGGUAUUUUGGUAGCAACCACCGAGACUUCCCUUGGUGUCUCUUCUCUUAGUUUCAUGUACUUCUCAAUAACGUCGUGUUUGCCCAAUGCGUUUUCGGCAGCAUACAAACCUGCUUCCUUUUGGUUGUGGCCUUCUCCUGUACCUAUCACCUCAUCCCCCAUCAUGCAAUCCACCAUAAAUGAAACGUCCAAGCCGUUACCGACUCUAGUGGUGACGUAUUUCGGCGGAUUGGCAGCAGACCCAAUCAGACUGUACAGUUUUCCCUUAGAAUUCAGAUCGACCGAAUCCUCAUACAAGCUUCCUGUGAGGCCCGACAAGCGAGGUCGAAUUAGUAGGUAA